ACGCGGUGUCGCGCGGGUGUCGGGGCUCGGCGGUUUCACCCGUGGUGCCUAUCUUGCCACCGCAGGAAACGCAGGCGAGUGUGGCCCGCUGCUUAAAUCUACAGAGGUCUUUGCUUUCAAGAGCUAACGCGCCUCAGAGUCGCCUAAGCGCUCUGCAGGUGACAGAAAAGCUAGGUAUGAAAGAAAAAGUGUGAGAUGCCUUGUCUUCGUGGGGACACGGCGGUUCGGCGGUGACCGACUGUGGGGACGGGCAGCGCCGUGAUGGUGGGGUCUGCCUGGGCUUCUUCUAUGAGGAACUUCUGUAUCACGGCAUCUUGAAACCGCUGACUGCACCCAUUGAAGGAAUGGUAGUGAAAGAAGGAUUGUGCAAUUACAUGGCACCCCAGGGCAUCUCCUCAGUUGUCAAGUAUUAUUUAAAACAGUCAGGUGCAGAUGUCUUCUAUGAACAACAUGUAACUCACAUCUGUCUCCAAGAUGGGAAAUGGGAAGUGUCCAGGAAAAUGGGACUGCCAGAGCAGUUUGAUAUAGUUAUUCUUACAAUGCCUGUUCCACAAAUUCUUCAGCUGCAAGGUGACAUUGUAAACAUAAUUAAUGAAAGUCAAAGGCAGCAACUGGAAUCUGCAAGCUACUCCUCUCGCUAUGCUCUGGUACUUUUUUAUGAAGCUGGUACACGGAUUGAUGUCCCCUGGGCUGCACAGUACAUCACCGAUAAUCCCUGCAUACGCUUCAUCUCCAUCGAUAAUAAGAAACGCAAUAUAGAAUCUUCUGAAAUUGGGCCCUCAGUUGUAGUUCACACAACUGUGACAUUUGGAAGCGAGCACCUGGAUUCAGACCCUGCAGAGGUACAGCAGUUAAUUCUCAGUCACCUGGAGAGGAUUGUGCCAUCCCUACCUAAACCAGCCAGCAUCAAGUGUCAUAAAUGGAGAUACUCUCAGGUUACAAAAGCUGUGCCCAAUUUUCCAGGACAAAUGAUUCUUCAUACUCAACCUCUCCUGAUUUGUGGAGGCGAUGGAUUUACUCAUUCCAACCUCGAUGGCUGCAUAGAUUCUGCUAUGAGUCUUGCAGAGGCUGUGAAGUCUCAUUUAUAGCAAUUUCAAAGUUGGCUGCUAAACUUAGUCUAGAUUUAUGAUGAAUUUUACUAUGAUGGAUUGAAUUCCGGUUUAGUGUUAACAUCACUGGCUGCUAUCUUGCAAAAAUAAAUAAAGGAAAAUCUAUUGAUGUGCUGUAAUAAAUAUUGGGAUGAGAUGGAAUUAAAAUUAAUU